GGAGACUACAAAUCAAUAGCAUCAUGCAGUACCUACUUGUCCAUUCCCAAUGAGAGGGCUCAGUCGCUGCUGUCGUCAUCAUGACUGGGGCUCGAGUCACCUGUGCUCUGAUUGGCUCCUGCUGAUAAUGAGCUGCCAUUGAGGUUUUCUGGCCUGUGCAGAGAGGAGGUGUGUCUCCGGCUGAACAAGCACACGCCUCUCGCUUAAAUACUCAACACAGCUGAGGUGAUGAGCAGAGGCACCACAUAGCGGAGCGGCGUCUUGUACUCAGACUUGUAACACAGUUGUGUUAAGUUUACGUAAACGUGCUGCGCUGCCUUGGAGAGAAGUAUACGAAGAAAACUGAAAAUACGAAGUCGGAGAAAGUAGAGAGAAGUCCGCCGCUGUAAUCAGAUCCCCCUAAUCAGCAGAAUUGACAGCAGGUGUGAAUUCAUGUCUGUAUUUUCCCCGCAGAUAUACUGCCCAGUGUUUGUGCCCAGUCGAGAUAUGACUGAGGUGAUGAUCAACAGCACCCCCAUGGAGGACAUGAGGCUCAGCCCCAGUAAGGACAGACUCUCCUUCCAGAUAUUUCCAGACCCCUCGGACUUUGAGCGUUGCUGUAAGCUCAAAGAUCGUCUGCCAUCCAUCGUGGUUGAGCCGACAGAGGGAGAAGUCGAGAGUGGGGAGCUCCGCUGGCCUCCUGAGGAGUUUCUGAUCAGUGAGGCGGAUGAAGAGGAAGAGCAGCAGGCAGUGCAAGCACAGAAUAAUGGCAGCAUCCAAAACGGACAGCCAACACAGAAUUCUCAGCACUAGAGGCUGUGUUGCAGCGCCCAUACUCUGUUUCGGCUUUUUCUUUCUGACUGACUCUUCUUCUCUGGGUACACUGCACUCGCUGCAUUCAGUGUCUCUUGAUGCCAUUUUGUUGCCCCUGACAUCAAAGCAAUACACACUUUCUCACGCAACAAUUUAAUCACCAGGACUGCAGACUCUCCAAAUCACACUUGAAAAGAAUAGACAUGCACACCAACCAACCUCCACUCAUUUCCUUCCAUCUACCACCGUGUGUCUCGGCCUAGACCGGAUGUCCUGUUGGACAGCGGCAGCUCAGUGCUCCAUGGACGGCUCUUUACUUGCAGGAGGCCAACACUGCUCUGUACUUUACUCGAAAAAUGGCUGGCGUCAUGACCCCAGAGACUUCAUACUCUCAAACAGAACUAUUGUGUUGCCCAUGGGGCAUUAUCGCCUACAGCAACACUGUCCAUACUUGUGCUCAGUUUCUGGAUUGAUAUGUUAAGUAUUGUGAUCGCCACUGCUGUCUAUAAAUUGUCGGUUUCUGUGAAGUGAAUUUUUUGAGAAGUGUGAGUGUAAACUGUUACUAGGUUUCCAACCCCCUUUUCAAAAAGAUUAUUUGACUUUGUCGGCUUUCAGUUAAAAGGCAACCUGGAAUAAUUUGAGAAAAGAGAAAUAAACCAGCAUUCCCCGCUAUGCUUGUGCAUGCAUUAAUUGUACAAAGGCUUGUUGUGCAGUGAGCAACAUGAUGAGGUCAUGUGAGGUCAUCACAUUGACCUCUUGUGAGCUGUGUGACGGACGGUACUUGGAUAACAAAGCAAAAUAGUACAACAUUGAACAAAAGCAGGUUUAUUGUUUCAUCGGGCAAAACUGAAUAAGGACUGCAAAUGUAUUUUGUUGAAAAAGCAGUUGAUGGCGCAAUGUACAGACCAAUGAAGGAUGUGUAAAUACUUGUUCCCAAUGAGCAACCCCUGAGGCCUUCUAGUGCGCUGAUCUCGUUUGUACUAGUCUUCCUUUUUGAAAACAGCCUACUUUUGUCACUUAAAUUCAUAAAUAAGGUUAUAUUUGACUAUUAAACUCCAACAAUACUCUUUCACAAUAAAAUUAGUCUGGAUGUUUGCCAUAAGCUGUUUAUGAGAAAUCAAAUUGGUUCUCUGGUAGCAAUGUCUGUUUUAUUUGUCUGUCGGCAAUUUCAGAAAUCUGUGUUUUGUGCACUCUUUAAAUCACCACCUUAUUGUUUGUGGAACAAGUCUCGUUAGUCAAUUUGUAGAAAAUACUUCCCUUUUGUGUACACCAUAUGAAAUCCUGUUGUACAAGUUUUGAGAUGUCUAUUAUUUUUGUAAAUUCUCAUUUGAGUGGCAUUAGGGCUGUGUACAGAACAUCUCUCUCUUUCUCCUGUCACCUACAAGUCCCACAUUGUUUUUGUAAAGCUCAGGGAGAUUAGCCGCCAUCUUUCUUUGUUUUGUAUUUAGACCACUUUUCUCUGACUGUUACAGAGGCUGUAAAUAAACAUUUGAAUUUGCUAUCCAACUG